UCAUUUUCGUCUUCUUCAUCGGCAUUAAGCACGGAAUGAGGUACGCCAUCCGACGGGUUCCCCUUUCAAAAUUGAGAACUAAAGAGGUCCGUCGUCUUGUUGGUGGCCAAGCUCUCUUGAAGUGAACAACAUACCGGGCGGGCUGCCAUGAGUGUUCUUCGAGGUCCAUUCAAGUCCGCCAAAAGGGAGACUAUGUAGGAUGAUGACGAGAGCUGCCAAACGACGAUCACGAGGCUGGCGAGAAACCGAUAUGAAAACAAAACAAAGAUCCCUGGCCAGUUGCCUUUGGAAGGUCUGUGAGGAUCCUUUGGUUGGAGAUUCCAAAUUCCAAAUUCCAAUGAGUGAGUGAGCGCGGAGUUCUGAAUAUCCAUUGAGCUAGCGACAUGAUGAUUCCUUACAAUCACGGCUAUGAGGGCAACUUGGCAGUCAGAACGCCUUCAGGCGGAGGUCACCAUUCAGCGGCUGUGUAUUCGUCAAGUCUGGAAAAGGUCCACAAAUCUCCUCGGAUCUUCUUCAAAAUGCCCAGGGUGGUUCCAAAUCAACGGGAGCGCUUCGAAAAGGAAGAGAUCUUCAAGAAGAACACCAAAGACCAGGAGGUCCGAUAUACGCCUUACCGGGAACGACCCAUGCAUGAGCGGCAAACUAAAUUUCAACAAGGACUCCGCGAAGGACACGUUGAAGUGUCACUCUCUGGCACUGGUUUGGUUCUGAUUCUAACCUGGAAUCCUAUUCACUCAACUUCAGCCGGGUCGUCAAGCUCAACAUUAGCUCCUUCUCCGUUCGGCGACCUUUCCAAUCAAGGCUGUGAUUUUCACAAGGAGCCCGGCAAGGUGCAUAUACGAGCUUCCUUGAUUUUGAAUGGUGUUUGUGUUCAAUGGCGAGGAUGGAUUGCUUUAGAUCGCCUAGAAGGAGCGGGAAAAUUGGAAUUUGAUGAAGAGAUGGCACAGGCUGAAGAUCGAUAUCUACAGCAGCAGAUCGACUACUAUAAUCAUCGUCUCAAGGACUUGGACAAUAAUAAUAAGUGAAGCAAGGUCUUGAUCAAAAAAUUUGACAGUGUGUAGAAAUAUUCCUCACAUAAAUAAACUCUCUAGUCAGACUCGAAAAUCCCCUCUCUUAUCUAAAAUAAACAUUUGAGGAGGAAAAGCCUUGCGCCAAAAAGUAGCAAAAUUCUUAU